AUGUCCAAAAAGUUUCUAGCUGCUCCCAAACCAGCUCCCGAGCUUGCCAUACCGCAAUCUGACAAGUUCGUCAAGGUGUCGAUCAUUGACAGCACAUCCUAUGUCGAUCUGCCAAUUGGACUGUUCCUAAAGCCUACUUAUAAGGGCCACGAUUCAUUAGCCGGACCAACCUUCUCUUUCCUCAUUGAACACGACUCUGGCAAGCGCAUCUUGUUUGACCUAGGAAUCCGCAAGGAUGCUGACAAUAUGGCGCCAUCGAUUGUCCACUCCAUCAAGUCGAAAGGCUGGACUGUAGGGGCCAAGAAGAACACGGCCGAUAUCCUGCAAGAAGCCGGCUUCGAUGUUCAAGACGGUGCCAUUGACAGCGUAAUCUACAGUCAUCAUCACUUUGAUCACGUCGGAGAUAUGACGACUUUCCCAGCAUCUACCCAGCUUAUCGUUGGUCCUGGUUUCAAAAAAGCUCAUCUUCCAGCGUAUCCCAUCAACCAAGAAUCGCCCAAUCUGCAGAGCGAUUUCGAGGGCCGUGAGGUUCGGGAAGUCGAUAUUGCACACGAGGGAGCGGGCCUGAGGAUCGGACGCUUCAAUGCUUAUGAUUACUUUGGAGACGGCUCGUUUUACCUCUUGGAUACCCCCGGUCACGCGGUUGGACACAUGUGUGGUUUGGCUCGGACUUCUGCACCCUCGGAUACAGCAGCCACUUUUGUUCUGAUGGGGGGUGAUGCUUGCCAUCAUGCUGGAGAAUUCAGACCGUCGGCAUACCAGCCUUUGCCCACAGAGAUCAAUCCCUCGCCAGAGUCACUGCCUCAGCCGAUUUGUCCCGGUCACCUUCUGCAGGACGUACACUGCAACAAGAGCGCCAACGAGCCUUUCUACCAAGUCACAGAGGCAUUCUGCCACGAUAUGAAGCAGUGCCACUCUACCGUCGAGGGUAUGUCGGAGUUUGACGCUUCAGACGAUGUUCUCGUUAUUAUAGCGCAUGAUGCAAGUUUGUUGGGGACUCUUGACUUUUUCCCAGACUCGUUGAAUAAUUGGCGAGGAAAGGAUUUGGAUGCAAAAUCGAGAUGGAGAUUCUUGGGCGACUUUGGCGAGGCUGUUGGCAAAUAG